CAAACCCGGUUAGAUCGGGCCACCACAUUGCCAUGUGAACGGCGGUGAUGGACGGGUUCACAUUGGAAAAUGAGUGCACCCGCACCCUAUUUCUCUUACGAACAGAAUUUGUCCCCCGUCCCCACUCUGUCACGGCUCCUCCUCUCAAAGCGAGCGCAAACAGAAACCUUACAAACGCUCUCUUGUCUCUCUCUCACAAUGAGUCCCCCAACUCCCCUUCCGUUUUUUUCUUAUGCUCCAUAGUCCAUAGUUUGCUUCUUGAAAAUUUCCCGAGUACUGUAUAUUCUCUGUCAUUCAAUGCAUGAUGAUUUGACUGCUCUAAAAAGUUCUCUUCUUUUUUUUGGGUAUAACCAUUAACCAGGCCUGAGUAAAUCAGAGAGGAUAUCAGGCAUGGCUUCAGCGUUCUGUGGCUAUGUACUUGACCCUGCAAAAUGUAGUCAGCUUAGUUUGAGGCAGAAAAGAAAACUAGUACAUGAAGUUGCCCUAUGGUCAAAAGAUGCUCCUAAGAUUCUUAAUUCAUUCACUCGCAAGGAGCUUCUUGAGAUCAUCUGUGCUGAGAUGGGUAAAGAGAGAAAAUACACAGGGUUUAAUAAAUCUCAAAUGAUAAAGCACCUCCUUGAGUUAGUUUCUCGGAAAUCCAAGAGAAGCAACAACCAGCAUUUUCUUGGCUCUUCUGCUGAGAAAAAUCAAACUGGAUCGAGAAGUGAAAAGUGGAUAGAACUCCAACAACAGGUGUCAACGGACCUUAAUCAUGUUUCUCAUGAUGAUAGUAAAGAAGAACAUAUAAAGCCCAUCGUCUGUCAGAACAUUGCUUGCAGAGCUCCUUUACAUACAGAAGAUGCUUUUUGCAAAAGAUGUUCUUGUUUUAUUUGCCAUCAGUAUGAUGACAACAAAGAUCCCAGUUUAUGGUUAACUUGCAGUUCCGAAUACGUUGAAGAAAAUGACUCGUGUGGAAUUACAUGCCAUCUGAUAUGUGCUUUGCAGGAUGAAAGAGCUGGAAUUAUGAAGAUCGGCUGCUACGAAAAGUUGGAUGGCAAGUUCUAUUGUGUUGCUUGUGGGAAAGUUAAUGGACUGAUGCGAGUGUGGAGAAAACAAUUGUUAGGUGCCAUCGAGGCAAGAAGAGUUGAUGUGUUGUGUUUAAGAGUUCUGUUGGCUCACAAGAUUCUCACAGGAACUGAGCAAUAUAAAAAAGUGCAGAGCAUCCUGGAAACAGCCUUGGAAUUGCUGAAGAAUGAAGUGGGGCCACUGGGUCUUGUAUGUAAAAAUAUGCCACGCGGUAUAGUCAACAGGCUUUCCUGCAGUGCUGAGGUUCAGAAGUUGUGCUCUUCUGCAGUGGAAGUUUUUGAUUCAAUGUUUGAUGACACUUGCACCAAUAGCAUGGGAAGGAAAGAAAUCGCAACUUGCCAGGUUAAAUUUGAAGAAUCCUCUUCAACCUCAGUAGUCCUUGUACUUGACUAUAUGCUUGAUCAAUAUAGCGACUUCUAUGUAUGCAAGCUGUGGCAUCGUAAGUCUAGUGUGAGAAGUUAUCCUCAAAAGCCCACAUUUGCUGUCUUUACACCCCAGAAAAGAUUUAGGAUAACCUAUCUCGAUCCUUCUACUGAGUAUUUCUGCAAGAUUUUACUAUUUAGUAGCACUGGAAUUGUGGGUGUUUGGGAAGCUAAAUGGGUCACACCGACAUCAAGUGAUGCUCGUGUGACUGCUUUAUGCAAACAUGAAAAGGAGGAAGAUAUAGCAGACACUGAGACUCAUCCUCAGAUACAAUCAAUCAACUCCGCUGAUAGUAUAUUAAACUCUGGAGAUAACCAGGGGCAGCAUCAGUCAGUAAAGGGCACCAAGAAGAAUUACAAUGGGAGUCUAUACUCUUCUCCUCCUCUCUCAGAAAGUGAUCGUUCGAUGUUAUCACAAUCAAUUUCUCCAUCCACGCCGUGCAAGUCCAAUGGAAUGCAAGAAGUAACGGGUUUGGGUUGUAGAAAGCAGCUGGAGAGUGAUUAUGAGUUCUCCGUGAGAGUAGUCAAAUCGCUAGAGAUUGUGGGACUCAUAGAUGAGGAUUUCAGGGUAAAAUUUCUCACUUGGUUCAGCCUGAAAGCUACAAUGCAAGAGAGAAAGGUAGUUAGCGUUUUUGUGAAUGUUUUGGUUGAUGACCCUCCAAGCUUAGCUGGUCAGCUCAUCGAUACCUUCACGGACAAGAUAUACUGCAAGCAGAAAGCAGUUCUGCGGUCUGGUUUCUGUACAAGGUUGUUACAUUAAAUAUUGAAUAAUGAACUUUUGUCCAUUGCAUGAUUCCGGUUUUUACUAGACAUCUAGGAUUUUUAGGUUAACAACAGGGUUUACUUUGUCAAGUCGUUAAGAUAGAAGGUUUACUUCUUUAACUGGCUUUUAAUUUUGUAGAUGAUGCCCCGAAGCUGAAAUUCUGGCGGCUAUUUCCUUUCUGUUUUUAUCAGCAAUUGAAGCUGAAUUGAUGACAGGGUAAUUGCAUUGUUAUGGAAGAACACUAGGUGUGAAGCAACAGAUCAAUCUGCUAAAUUCCAAGUAGAUGGUUAUGUAUGUAAGAGGCUUCAGCAUAAUUUCUCAAUAUUGUCUGCAGUUUUGAAUGGAGGGUUCCUGACAGACUGACUAGCUAUGAAAGUUUCAUGUCUUCCAAACUUUUUUGUAAGAUGAAUAUCAUCUUGUGGAAUGAACUGAAAA